ACCAGAUGUCCAAAUAUAAAAGACAACACCAUUGGGAUAGAGGAGAAUGGAAUUUCUCUUACUUGUCGUUUUCAUGUCACAGUGUUUAAAUUCAUAGGAGAUUAUGAUGAAGUUCAUCUCCACUGUGCUGUAUCUUUGUGUGACUCUGAAAAAUACUCAUGCAAAAUUAAUUGUCCUCAGAAUUCCAGAAGUUCCAAUGACCAUGGACUGGACUCGAAAGAGCAAAUUAUUUCUGUUGGUCCAAUAAGGAGGAAACGUUUGGACUGGUGUGAGGAAAACGGGGGAUGUGAACAAAUCUGUACAAGCAGACUAGAUGGACCUAUAUGUAGCUGUGUUACAGGGACCUUGCAGGAGGAUGGACGCAGCUGUCGA